AUUCUUACGACACGAAUUAUCUUUGUCUCCACCAACUCGUCGUCUGAUGACCGCACGGAAUUUGGUGGCCUACCUUUACAAGUGGAAAGUUCACCGCCUGAUGGCAAAAAUACGCUAUUACUUAACUCGAAAACAGAGAUCAUUCAAGCACAAUUAAAACCCUUGGAUGCUUUGUUAUCUUCAAACGCUUUAUCACCUUCAAUUACUAUACAACUUUCAGAAGCUACCGAUACUUUACUACCUAAAACCCCACCGCAAACUCCUCGAGAAUUAGCACAUUUAUUAAAUACACCAAACAAGCGUCCAAUAGAGAAGGAAGAACUUUGGGAUUACACUCAAAACAAUUCUGUUAUAUGUGCAUUUGCGCUAACAGCCAAAGAAUUGGAAACAAAAAUCGGCAUAGAACUCACCAAGGAAUUGUCCUCUAUGCGUGAUAGAAAUCCCGUUGUGUGGAAUUCUGCGUUAGAAGAGUAUAUAAAUGCGACUCUCAAGGAAUCUGGUGAAAAAUUUAAGGAUGCAGUUAGAAAUAAGGAUUAUAAAGAUAUAGAUGAAUGUUUCCGCCUAUAUUGUGAGAAAGUUCUCACCGACUUGUAG